CAACUUAUUUAAUAACUAAAGACAUAUUUAAAUUGUUUUAUUAAAUUUCGUAAGCUGCGUUCGUUUCUUUGGAAGUUGCGAGGGUCCGAAAAAUUGUGUAUCCCCACAACUUGACAGUUGACCUGACAAAGCUAAAGGACAUGGAAAUGCGCAUGCUUCGAAAUUUGACAGCUCACGCUUUAGGCCACAGUUCGCAUUGUCACAAACAGCACGAAAUAACUGUAAACAACUAGACAACAGGUUGCAGAGCUUAAGGACAUUUGUUUUGCUAGCUGUGUUCGCAGGCUAACGGCUGUUUUGGCAUUGUUAUGACCGUUGCCAGGGACUACGGAGACAGUAUAUAAAAACACCGAAAAAACAAAACUCAAAUAAGGAGAGUGGUACUCAAUUAUCAAAUUGAAAUUAUAGCCAAAUAAUGGAUGACUAUGCGCCCAGUCGCUAUAAAAUGCAAGAUAAAAUUGGCGAAGGUGUUCACGGUUGCGUGUUCAAGGCCAUCGAUUUGCAGCGCAAUGUGGAGGUGGCCAUCAAGAAGGUCGCAUUAAAGAACAAAUUUGGCAACAUAUCCUUGAGUACGCUGCGCGAAAUAAAAACUCUUCAACUGUGUAGUUCGGAAUAUAUAUUAAACAUUAUUGAGAUAUACCCCGAUCUCACUGGCCUUUCGCUGGUGUUGGAGUACAUGCCCGACACACUGUAUGGUCGACUAAAGAGCGAAGUGAAUCCGUUGAGCCGCCAGCAGGUGCGAAAAUAUGCCCUGAUGAUGUUCAAGGGCAUGGCCUACCUGCAUGAGGCGGGCAUUAUGCACAGAGACAUCAAACCCGCCAAUUUGCUAAUCAGUCAUACGGAUGUCCUGAAGAUUGCCGACUUUGGUUUAGCGCGCCUGUACUUCCCCGAGGAAGAGUCACGCCUUUAUUCGCCACAGGUAUCCACGAGGUGGUAUCGUGCACCCGAAAUACUCUGGGGCAGUCAGAAAUAUGGACCUGCCGUCGACUUGUGGGCAUGCGGAAAUGUGUUGGCCGAAAUGCUACGCGGUGUACCGCUCUUUGCAGGCACAACAGAUAUCGAGCAAUUGGCGAUUAUAAUACGUACGUUGGGAAGUCCGCGUCUAAACGAAUGGCCAGAGCUUACGGCGCUGCCGGAUUACAGUAAAAUAAGGUUUCCCAACUCGGUGGGCGUACAUUGGGACAAUCUGUUUCCAAGCUGCACACAUGCUGUUGAAAUUGAUUUGGUCUCGAACCUAGUCGUAUAUAAUCCAAAGAAUCGUCUUAAGGCCACCGAGGUGAGCACUGAAUUAAUAACUAACAUGUGACGCAAUUACCAUCCACAAAUCUCUUUCCAUCUUUAUUUUCAGGCUGUCGAGCACAGUUAUUUUCAUUAAUUUAAGAUACUUGUAUUUACACAAUUAGUUGACUAACAGCUAAAAUUAUGCAUUUAG